AUGGCGCAUACAGAGAAAAAGCUUGAUGCCGUUGUUGAUACGACUCCGGUUGGUCAAGGGAUCAAUGGUGAAACUGUUGACUUGCGGCAUGCAGACGAUGAAUUGCUCGCUGAGCUAGGGUACAAAAGCGAGUUCAAGCGCGAGUUCUCGUUAAUUGAGACCAUCGCAUUUGCGUUCUCGAUCAUGGGCAUCGUCGCGUCUGUUUCCUCAACUUUUUCGUUUCCACUCAUGGCGGGUGGCCAUGUCGGCAUGGUCUUUGGAUGGCUCAUCCCUUGCUUUUUUGUGCUUACUGUGGCAGCAUCACUAGCGGAAUUGACUUCCGCUAUGCCGACGAGUGCUGGUCUAUACUACUUCUCCGCCAAGCUUGCACCUCCAAAAUAUUCGGCAUUGGCCAGCUGGAUUACUGGUUGGGCGAACGUCACUGGGCAAGUCGCCCUUGUAUGCUCCAUUGACUUCACAUGUGCCCAGAUGAUCACCACAGCUAUUGCUGUAAGCUCCGAUGGGGCCACCAAUCUUGGUCUUGGGGCGACUUACGGGAUCCUACUCGCUAUUCUGUUCGCACACGGACUGGUGUGCUCUGCAGCAACAAAUAUACUUGCGAGAUUAAACCUGUUUUACGUCGUCAUUAACGAAUACAAUUCUGCAGUCGGAACUAGUGUGGCGGCCAUUAUCGCACUCUUGGUAGGUGCGGGGGACAACAAAGUCUCUACUGAAGAUGCUUUUACUAUGUUCGAGAACAACACGGGUUGGGCAAAUAACGGCUGGGCAUUCCUCCUAGCUUUUACAAGUCCCAUGUGGACUCUGACCGGAUACGACUCGGCCGCCCACAUAUCCGAAGAAGUGGCUGGCGCUUCUCGCGCCGCACCUAUCGCCAUCAUGGUUGGUGUACUCUUCACAGAGAUCGUGGGCUGGAUCCUCUUCAUAGCUGCAUCCUUCGCCACAACAUCUACCACAGACCUCUUAAACUCGGACUUACCAUUGCCGAUGGGCCAACUGUUCCUGAAUACCUUGGGCAAGAGGGGGAUGUUGGCGAUAUGGAGCUUCAUUAUCGUUGUGCAGUUUGUGACAGGCGCAGCUCAGGGUGUAGAUGCGUCAAGAGUGGUCUUUGCUUUCGCCAGGGAUGGUGCCUUACCUGGCUCGAGAUGGUGGAAAAAGAUGAAUAAGACUACAAGCACACCUGUGAACGCGGUCUGGUUGGUCAUGGUCUGCUCUGCCAUCAUUGGCGUACUUGGCUUUUCAGAGACCGCUCUAUCGUCUCUUGCGGGUGCCUCUGUCAUCGGCCUCUACACCUCCUACGCUACACCCAUCUUCCUCAGGAUAACAUCUGGCCGCACCAAGCUGAAGCCCGGUCCUUUCAGCCUCGGCCGAUGGUUCAUGCCCAUUGGCAUUGUGGCCGUCCUCUGGGUUGCAUUCAUCAAUGUUAUUCUCGUAUUCCCGCCCGACUCGGCGACAACGGCGGAGACCAUGAAUUACGCAGUGGUGAUCAUCGCGGCCGUGUUCCUGUUCGCGUCUAUUUCAUGGGUGGUCUCUGCGCACAAGUGGUUCACGGGCCCAAUCAAGAACAUAGAUCGCACUUCAUCCACAGAGGACGAGAAGCAAUAA